AUGUAUUCCCACUUUUCGAAUCUAUCAUUUCUCUGUUCAUCUAUCAUUUAUCUCUAUCGUUUCUCUUCUCAUAUCUAUCUAUCUAUCUAUCUAUCUAUCUAUCUAUCUUCAUAUGUAAUAUCUCUUUGCUCUCUUUAUCUCUCUUUCACUAUACGAGAGGGUACUGGAAAAUUUAUGUGUCCGCCAUUCACCCCAAUAUCUGAUCAAAUGACUCCUUCUCUGAUAAUACUCUUUCUUUUGUCUUCCUCCUUCUCUUACUAUUCUGUCCUCUUUCUUUCGCCUCCUCUUCCUUCGAUUAUCUUCUUCCACCUCCUCUUUUAUGUUCCUAUUUAUCCUUGCCCAUCUACUCUUUUUUCCAUGCUUACUCUUCUCUUUAUUCCCCCCCCCCACUUUUCGUUUCCUCUUAACCUCUUUUCUCUUGUUCCUAUAUUGUCUCCCUUAUUCCGCUUCCUUUUCUUUCUAUUAUUUUUUUCAAUUAUGUCUUUCAUCUUUUUCCCAUAUUAG